AUGCAGGCACUCAUCUCGGUUACAAUAUUUUGUGAUCGGGAUACUUCUGGCCGCUUUGACGACUGGAUAGCUCAUCUGGAAGCCGCGUGCCUGAUGUGUUCCAAGCUGUACGGGGAAGCUGCCGUAGAGUUUGAUACUUUUAAACUCGACAACCCAUUUAGGGGCAGGUCGUAUACCGAGGUUAAAUCUCGUGAAAUUACAUUACAAGGAAUGAAUCAAGCUGAUUUGAGCAAACUAGUGUCGGCACUCAGAAUUGCAGUAAAACCUAAACCCCGGCUUUUCGCCAGUCCAGAAGGUCCAGCUGGUCGUCUAAGGAAAUUGAAGGCUACUGUGACUGCUCUUGUCAAGUAUGAGCGCAUCGAGUUAAACUAUCCAAGGGCGGAAGAAGCGCAAGGCUACGCAGAAAGAUUGAUUUCAGAUGCUAUUCGUAAUGGUGAUUGCCACAAACACACAAUGGAGAUGGCAGAUUACUGGUUAGAUGAGAAGCAACUCAUCCACAAGCUUUUUAAGGUUUUGGUUCCUAGAUACAAAGAAUACAAUUCCUCUUAUACGAAGCUCGUCUUGGGUCCAAAAACAUAUCCUGGUUAUUAUGCUGGUACCGCCAUUUUGGAAUUAAAAGGAAAUCCUUUCCCAGCAUUGCAACCAGCAACUCAAAAUUAUCAUUAUUGGUUGCACAAUGUAUUACUUGAUGAAGCUAAAAGAGAAUUCAGAGUUGCUAAAGCAGAAUCAAAUACCAACCUAUCAGAGCCUGUUGCAAGCAAAAAUUAGACUUCACCAUUUAUACAUUAACAUAGUUGUAUUCUAGUUUGAAUAUUGAAUAAAACACGGAUGAAUCCAA